AUGAGCCAAACAGAGAGCACUAAGGGUGUUAAGAUUACCAAUUACGCCGCCAUUAAGAACGCCCCUCUUCCAGCGGAUGGACCAGGUGCUAAGAACUUCUCCAACUGGCUCCUGCUCGGUCUGUUGACUGGGGUUCCACUGUUUGUCACUCGCAAAUUCCAUGGUGGACUUAAGACUUUUAUUUUCUUUUUCAUUCUCUUUGCAAUCCCAAUUCUGAUGGCUUAUUGGACUGUGUUAUCUUCUUAUUCCCCAAGAUUGAAUGAGAAGGUUCAAUUCCCAAAUAGGGGCGUCGAACACUACCUUAAAUUUCACGAUGACCAGUUAGCUGCUAGGUACCAGGGUCAAAACAAGAUUCCUAUGGAAACCUUCCAUGAACUGUAUUUUGAAGGUAAGGUUUCUUUCAAGGGUGAUGCUUUGGAUGCUCUUGAAUACAGGCAUGAUUGGGCAUCCUUCAGAUUUACUCUGUCUCUGUUUCGUUUCUUCUUGUUGGGAAUGAUCCCUGAAGUUAUCAUGCAUUCCCGAUCCCAAGAUGAAGAACAAGUUAGAGAUCACUAUGACCGUGGUGAUGACUUUUACUCCUGGUUCUUAGGUGAUAGAAUGGUCUACACCUCUGGUUUGAUCUCUGAUGUCAACAAAGAUGAAUCUCUGGAAGAAUUGCAAGACAAUAAGCUUAAAACUGUUUGUGAAAAAAUUCAAUUGAAGGAAGGAGAAUACUUGCUUGAUCUCGGAUGUGGCUGGGGAACUUUGGCUGCCUUUGCUUCGUCUCAAUAUGGAGCCAAAGUCACUGGAAUUACACUUGGUAAGAACCAAACAAAAUAUGGUAACGAUAAAAUCGCUUCUUUUGGCGUUGAUGAAAAGCAAUCUAGGAUUCUUUGUCACGAUUAUAGAGAUACUCCUCUUCCUAAAGAUGAAAACGGAAACACGACUAAAUAUGACAAGAUUACUUGCCUUGAGAUGGCCGAGCAUGUUGGAGUUAGAAAAUUCCGUUCUUUCUUGCAACAAGUUUACGAUAUGUUGGACGAUGAUGGUGUUUUUUUCUUGCAAUACGCCGGAUUGAGAAAGUCGUGGCAAUACGAAGACUUGAUCUGGGGUCUGUUCAUGAACAAGUACAUUUUUCCAGGUGCUGAUGCUUCUACUCCAUUAGACUUUGUCGUUUCUGCACUGGAAGCUACCGGUUUUGAGACUGUAUCCAUUGACAACAUUGGCGUGCACUACUCUGCUACUCUUUAUAGAUGGUACAAAAACUGGCUGUCCAACAGAGACAAUGUUGUCAACAAAUAUGGUAUCAAAUGGUUCAAGAUUUGGGAGUACUUUUUAGCUUCUUCCACUAUCAUCUCGAGACAAGGUUCAGCUACAUGCUAUCAAAUAGUUUUGAGGAAGAACCUCAACUCUUACGACAGGGCUGGUUAUAUUUCCACUCAGGAAGGUUUACAGGGUCCAAUUUCUAGAAAGACUGACUGGGUUAAAUAG